AUGGGGACUUUAUGGGAACAAUUGACACAGGAUACCAAUUCCCAGAAGAAUAACUUUAGAAGAAAGGCAAAAGUAUUUCAACUCCUAGAUGGAACACUGUAUUACCUUCACAAGAAGCAUUCUUCAGUAAGAGUUGUGAGAUUUGAAGAAAAGGCUGCCAUCCUUAAAGCAUGUCAUACCACUGCUACUGCUAGACAUCAGGGAGUGAACAGGACUGCCACAAAAAUAAGAGAAAGAUACUGGUGGGUAGGCAUGCAGCAGGACAUUGUUGAAUAUGUGGACACCUGUGAGAAGUGUCAACGACAGAACCAGCUGAGAAAAACACCAUCAGUUCUUCAUCCUAUACCAGUCCAUGAUGGUCCCUUUUCGAUGGUUGGACUAGAUUUGGUUGGGCCCCUUCAGGAGACUACCAGUGGAAACAAAUAUAUUGCUGUCCUCACUGAUUACUUGACAAAAUGGCCAGAAGUCAAAGCUAUACCUUCAAAACAUGCAGACGUUAUUUGUGAUUUCAUUAUUGAAGUAAUUUGCAGACAUGGAGCACCAAAGACCAUCCUUACAGAUAGGGGCAGGGAGUUCUGCAAUUCUCUUAAUGACAAGUUGUGCCAAUCAAUGGGGAUCCAGCACAGAGUUUCAGCCCCCUACCAUCCACAAACCAAUGGACUGACUGAAAGAUUUAAUCAAACUCUUUGCAGUGCACUCACAAAAUAUGUAAGUGAAAAGCAGGAUGACUGGGACCAGUACCUACAACAAGUUGCAUUUGCUGCGCGCACUUGUCAGCAGAAGUCCACAAAAGAAUCCCCCUUCUAUUUAAUCUAUGGGAGAAAAGUAGUCCUGCCAAUUCAAUUAGAUAUUCCCACAACAGUGCCUAAUAUGCAGAGACAGCAAACAGAAGAAGAGUUUGAUGAAAUCUACAGUGACAGGAUAACUUCAUUUGUUGAACUUCUAAAGGCCCAUGAUGCAGCUAAAGACAACAUCAGCAUUGAACAGAAGAAACAGAAGACAUACUAUGAUAGAAAACAUGGAACUGCCGAUCUUCUUCAACCUGGCCAGAGAGUACUCCUGAGGAACUCUAAAAGGAUCAAUCGGAAAGGUGACAAAAUGCUCCACAGGUGGACUGGUCCCUAUACUAUUUCUACAUGCAUUGGAGAAGGGGUAUACAAGCUGGUGGAAAGAAAAGAAAUAGCCAACAUUAAAAGCAUCAAGUUGUACAGAGAGAAUUUGACUGUAACAACAGAAAAUCAGAAAUCUCAGUCUAGAAGAAAAACUAAGCAGAGUGCCACCUCAAAGAAAAGAGUAAGUGGUCUCCAAAGAUGCCGAAGAAGAAAAAGAGAACAGAAGAAAGCAUUUAAGCCUACCUGUUCAACAGUGGUAAUGAGGAGGAGAAGCAGUCGAAACAGUGCUGUAUCCCAACCAAAGACGGAGUUUACAGCACCUACUGUGAAGGGCCAAGGAAAGUGUACUUCAAUUUCACAGAUUAGCAAAAGGAAGAUUAAAGGAAGGUCCAAUAAAUCAAAGCUGAAAACUCUGCAAAAGGGACGUUCAUGCCAUGUACAUCCUAAUAGAAGACUAAGAGUAUCUGAGGUUUCCAACUCACCCAAAGUUUCCAAGUCAUCUAGUCGAACCCUGAAGAAAAGGAAAGGAUCUACAAUUGAAGAAAAACCAUCCAAGAGGGUCAAGGGAAUAGAGAAAACAAAAUUACAACCAUCACAGAAUGUAUACCUGAGGAGUUACUCAUCAGAUGACAUCAUAUCAAUUGUCAGACAUUGUUCAAAGUACAGCCUUGCAGAUACUGCACCUAGAUCACCACCUGUUUCCUUGUAUCUUGCUUGCCAAAGAGAGAGUAAAGAUGACCUAAAUCAGUGUGUAAAUGAUCUUAUGGAAGUUAUUUCUGGAGCACACAGUCAGGACAUGUCUCUUCAGGAAUCCUCUGAGACUGCCCCUGGACUUAUGCUUGCUGCUGCCAUUUUCAUCCAGUCCUACAAAAUCCUAAUACCAGCUCAGAAAUUUCUUCCAACCCUUGAUAGUGUUCCACUGGGUAAUUCCACCUCAUCUUGCAAGAGACCAAAGGGACAAAUCAAUCGUCUUAGAGUUGGUGGAAUUGUUUUAAAUGAAGCUGAUAUUAGCACUCUGGACUCCACAAAUUGGCUGAAUGACAAGAUCAUACAUUCAUAUCUUGGAUUGUUGAGCUGGCAAUGUAAUUCUAAAGAACCCCAGUCAGCAUACGUGCUAUCCUGCUUUGUGGCUACAAAAUGGGAAAACGGAGACUACUCAUCCUGGUUGUUCCCGAAGGUUCCUCUUCAGUCUUCACACCUAUGA